CAGUUGUGCGACAGGAAGACACAACAAUUAUGGCAACCAGUGAUGGUAAAGAAACUCAGACUACAGAGAAAAACUCUUUCACUAAAGAAAAUGCCCCUUCUACAAGUAGGACACCAGCAAUAGCAGACCCUGCACUUGUCAAAGACCAAAAUGAACCAAAUGGAUGCCAUAAUUUCACCUCAGAUUCCACCUACAGAGGGAGGUGGUGUCAAAAAAGAUGCGCCGCCCCCACAGAGCCAGCCAGAGAAUGGAGAAGAACAGAAAACACAGAUAGUAUCUUGUAAAAGUGAUUUACAACAGCCCAGCAUUGAUACUAAAAAGGAAGUCACCAGCACAGAAAUGACAUCCAUAGUAAAUGGUGAUAUACAGUCUGUAGAGACAGAAGAUCAGUUUUAUGAUUGUCUCACAGAAUCUGGAGAAAAUACCUUGCCUGAAAUACCAUCCAAUAAUGAAAGUCUAUCUCUGAGCUCAGUGAAAGAGAAGCCCACUUCCUUGUCAUCCAAAGCCACUGAAGCGUCCACCGAGCAGGUCAGUGAAAAUUUUACCGCUAAACCAGCUUCAACAGAUGAUACGGCCUUCGGUUUACCAGCCUCAAGUGAUGUCAAGAACACAGCUCUGUCAAACUCAGCUAAUAAAAAAACAGCUAAUGAAAAGACACCUGAAAAACCAACAGCUAUUGAAAAGACCACAUCUCCACAAGCCUCAAGCAUUGAGGAAACCUCCACUUUGCCUGCUUCUACUAAUGAAAAGACUACACCUCUACCAGAAACAACCACUGAGAUAAUCUCUGCAACUCCACAAGACUCAAAUGAUGAAAAAACUACAUCUCCAUUAGACUCAACCAAUGAGAUGACCACACCUCCACCAGUGUCAACUAAUGAAAAGAACACAACUCCAUCAGAGUCAGCUAACAAAAGGACGACUACGGAAAAGACCACUCUUCCACCAGCCUCACCCAGUGUAAUAACCACUCAUGAAAAACCAACAAAUAUUGAAAUGAACACAACUCCACGAGCCUCAACCAAUGAGACAACGUCCACUUUGCCUGCUUCAACUAAAGAAAAGACAACUCUACCAGCCUCAACCACUGAGACAAUCCCUGUUUCAUUAGGGUCUAAUGAUGACAACAACAAACCUCCACCAGCUUCAACAAAUGAAAAGACCACAACUCCACAAGCCUCAAACAAUGAGACAACGUCCACUUCGCCUGCUUCAACUAAAGGAAAGACAACUAAAGGAAAGGAAAGGAAAGGACGUGACAUGAGGCCAACUCUACCAGCCUCAACCCCUGAGACAAUCUCUGCUUCACUAGGCUCCAGAGAUGACAGCAACAAACCUCCACCAGCCUCAACUGAUGAAGAAACUACAUCUCCAUUAGACUCAACAAAUGAAAAGACCACAACUCUACAAGCCUCAAACAAUGAGACAACGUCCACUUUGCCUGCUUCAACUAAAGGAAAGGAAAGGAAAGGACGUGACCUUAGGCCAGCUCUACCGGCCUCAACCACUGAGACAAUCUCUGCUUCACUAGGGUCCAGAGAUGACAAAAACAAAACUCCACCAGCCUCAACUGAUGACGAAACUACAUCUCCAUUAGACUCAACAAAUGAAAAGACCACAACUCUACCAGCCUCAACCACUGAGACAAUCUCUGCUUCACUAGGCCCCAGAGAUGACCAAAACAAAUCUCCACCAACCUCAACUAAUGAAAAGAACACAACUCCACCAGAGUCAGCUAAUACAAGGACAGCUAUCGAAAGAACCACAACUCCACUAGCCUCAACCAAUGAGACAACCCCCAUUUUGCCUGCUUCAACUAAAGAAAAGACUACACCUCUACCAGCCUCAACCACUGAGACAGUCUCUGCUUCACUAGGCUCCAGAGAUGACAAAAACAAACCUCCACCAGCUUCAACUAAUGAGGUAAUCUGCAGUUUACCAGUCUCAACUAAUGCAAAGACAACACCUCCUUCAGACUCAGCUGAUAAAAAGACAACUGAGCAAAAGGAUGCGUAUCUGCUGGCAUCAACUGAUGAAAAUAUUGCACAUUCACCAGCCUCAACUAAUGAGACAAUCUCUGCAUUGCUUGGCCCAGCUAGUGAAAAGACCACACCUUCAACAGCAUCAGCCAAUGAAAAGGCCAUGCCUCUACCAGCAUUAACCAUUGAGACAACCUCCACUGAGUCUAACUCUACUUCAUUAGGCUCAGGUGAUGACAAGACCACACCUCCAUCAGUCGUAACUAAUAAAAUUCCACCAGCUUCUACUGAUGAAAAGACUACAUCUUCAUUAGACUCAGCUAGUCGAAAGACAAAGAAUGAAGUGAUUAUUCCUCCACCAGCCCCGAACAAUGAGAAAACUAAUGAAACGACUACAACUCCAUCAGCUUCAACUAAAGAAAAGACCACACCUGCAAAAUCCCCAGCUAAAGAAAAUGCUGCACCUCCACUAUCUUCAACCAGUCCACUAGUCUCCAAUGAUAUCACUAGUAAAAAUGAGAGGACCACACCUCUACCAGUGCCAUCCUCCAUUCCCAUAACCUCUAGCAAUGGAGAGAGUAUAACUCCACUUUCUUCAUCCAAAGAAAAGACUCUAUCACCACAGGACUAUGAGAGUGGGAAGACCACUUCUUCACCAGAACCAAUUAAUAAAAAACCAUUAGUUUCUGAAGUGUCAGCAAAAGCAAAGAUUGCUGCUAGUAAAUCAACGGAUCCAUCCACAAGAAAAAAGGAAUUCAUCCUCAAACCCCUUAAUCUUCCACAGAUCCCCAUUGCACCCGGCAGCUCCUUCCAGAGUAGGGACUCUCCAUCUAGCUGGCUUGAUGUGGAUCACCAACGUCCUAAAAAGAAGAAGCUGUUAAUUCCAGAACCUAACCUCAGCUCCUCUGUGAGUGAGACCAACCUCCUGAACGUGUCGGGAGAAUUUGACCCAGAUGACUUUAUAACAAAUGUGAAAAGGCUGGCAAUGCCGUUCAAUCUUCCCCAACGCAAACACAACAAACAUCGCUUGCAAGCACCUCCGUUUGCCAUGCCUGCCAUCAAAGAAGACCGCUUUGAGAAACCCUUCGAUCCAGAGGAAUUCCAGUAUGGCUUGAGGCGAAGGAGGGAAUUCAUUUUUGAUCUGGCUCCAAAUGCAAUCUCCAAGAGUCAAGACACGGAAGUUAAGGAGGUGGACAUCAAACCUAAGAGAGAGAGCAUCCUCACAAGGUCCUUGAUCUUCCAGAGAGCAAGGAAGGAAUCUGAAAAGGAAGAAAAAGAGGAGGGAUCGGAUGAAAAUACAACAGAACCACCGAAGGCAAAGUCUCGUUUGGAGAGGUGCUCUAUUGUCAGCAUGCUACGCAGCCCCAGCAAAGGGAGACGAAUGGAGUUUUUAAGCCCCACCGAGAGUCCUUCAGAUGGACCGUUAUCACCCAGUGACGGUUCUGGGUCAACAGCACCUGCACUAUCCCAACUAGCGCCAACUACAAAACCUCCCAAACUGAUCUCGGUAGAGGAAACCCUAGCCAAGAAUGACAGCCAUAGUGCCCAGUCUGGUUCUCAGGUUAUUCUGAAACCUAGCAGGGACAUUGGGCCUGCCAUGACACCUGACCUCAAAACAACUUCAAAAGACACCACAAUCGCUAUGUUUACAGACACUAACACUCCUUUUCUUCCCAGUGGUACCCAGACUAGUUCCCAGGUUGUACUGAAACCUACGAAAGAUGAUGAACCUACCCUGGUGCCUGACUUGAAAACAACUUCAUUAGACCCUUCAGUCACCAUGUUGACAGACAAAAAUGCUGCUCUAAAACCUACUUAUACCCAGUCUAGUUCACAAAAUGUUUUAAAACUCAUAAAGGAUGAUGGACCUGCCAUGACACCUGAUCUCAGAGCAACUUCAAGAGACCCAACAGUCACUUUGUUAACAGACACUAACGCUCCUCUAGAUGGUUCCCAGACUAGUUCCAAGGUUGUACCAAAACCUACGAAAGAUGAUGAACCUACCCUGGUGCCUGACUUGAAAACAACUUCAUUAGACCCUUCAGUCACCAUGUUGACAGACAAAAAUGCUGCUCUAAAACCUACUUAUACCCAGUCUAGUUCACAAAAUGUUUUAAAACCCAUAAAGGAUGAUGGACCUGCCAUGACACCUGAUCUCAGAGCAACUUCAAGAGACCCAACAGUCACUUUGUUAACAGAAACUAACGCUCCUCUAGAUGGUUCCCAGACUAGUUCCAAGGUUGUACCAAAACCUACGAAAGAUGAUGAACCUACCCAGGCACCUGACUUGAAAGCAACUUCAGCAGACCCUUCGGUCACCUUGCUAACAGACACUAAUACUUCUUCACCUAGUUCUGGUUCCCAGGUUGUUUUAAAACCUAUCAAGGAUGAUGGACCUCCCAUGACGCCUGAUCUCAAAGCAACUUCAAUGGACACCACAGUCACUUUGUUAACAGACACUAACGCUCCCUCUCCUCCAAAUGGUUCCCGGACUAGUUCCAAGGUUGUACCGAAACCUACGAAAGAUGAUAGACUUUCCCAGGCACCUGACUUAAAAGCAACUUCAGCAGAUCCUCCAGUCACCGUGUUAACAGACACUAAUGCUCCUCCACCAGCUAGUUCUGGUUCCCAGAAUGUUCUAAAACCCAUUGAGACUGGGACAACUGAUCUCAAAGCAAAUUCAAGAGACCCCACAGUCACUCUUUUAACAGACACUAACACUCCUUCUCCUGCCAAUGGUUCCCAGACUUUCCAGGUUGUACUAAAAGAUGAUGGACCUACACUGACACCUGUCUUGAAAACAACUUCAUUAGACCCUCCAGUCACCAUGCUAACAGACAGUGCUCCUCCACCGCCAAGUUCUGGUUCCCAGAAUGUUGUAAAACCCAUCAAGGAUGAUGGACCUGCCAUCACACCUGAUCCCAAAACAAAUUCAAGAGACCCCACAGUCACUAUGUUUACAGACACUAAACCACCGCCACUUCUCAACGAUACCCAGACUGAUUCUGGUGUUGUUCUGCAACCUGAUGGUCCGACCCUGAAACCAACUACAGUAGACCCCGUUGUCACUAAAAUAACCGAUGCUAAUGCUCCUCCAUCACUUCCUUCAUUUGAUGGCAUUAAGUUGCCUAGCUUCCUGGAGAAGUUUCUUCCAAAGGAACCCGAAAACACUCAACUACCAAAGAAGAUCGACCCACUGGUGGCUAGAGAAAGUGCCUCAGUACCUGGUCUAGUGGAUCUGAAUAAGGCUGUUGACGCAGCUGCUGGAAAGAUCCCAGAAGUCACGAUUCCACCGGCACCUGUAGUUCCAGCGGCUCAAAUCCCUCAAGCUAAACCUCAGAGAGAACUGCCAAACAUUCCAGCUGCUCGUGGAAUCCACCGGCGUCCCGCAAAGAUUGUGAUAUUUGAGCACCCUCAGUUCAGCGGUCAGUCCUUUGAGUUCUACAGGGAUCAGCCUGAUGCAACACACAUGCAACUGUCCAGUGUCGUAUCUAUUAAAGUGGUCAGAGGAUGCUGGAUACUAUAUGAGAAACCAGGAUUCCAGGGACGAUGCAUUGCUCUGGAAGAGGAACGAGUUACCGAUCUGCCCAAUGAGUGGGCAGAAGAGGGUGAAGAAACAUCAGCCCCUGUGGUCAUUGGCUCAGUUCGACUGGCUGUCAGAGACUACACUCCUCCCCGGAUAGAGCUGUUCACCGAGCCCACUGGCAUGGGCAGAAGCUUUGAGUAUGUGGAUGACACAGAGGAAGUUGGCAGUUACAGCCGUCCUCAGAACACCGGCUCCAUCAAAGUCCACAGUGGUUUGUGGCUGGUUUAUAGUGAUCCGGGUUUCCAGGGUCUGCUGGCGGUUCUGGAGGCCGGAGAGUAUCCGUUUCCGCAGGACUGGGGAUUCCCGGUGCCCAUGGUCGGCUCUCUGAGGCCUCUGCGUAUGGGCGCUAUGAAAGUGGAGAAUCCGAACGCAGUCAAGGCCGUGUUGUAUGAGAAGGCCGGUCUGCAGGGCCGGUGUGUGGAGGUUCAGGGAGACGUGUUCUCCUUCACCACGACAGAAACCGACCCGAGUGAUUCGGACAAUCACGGACUGAACUGUGUGGAAUCACUCAAGAUCCUCGGGGGCCUGUGGGUUGGAUACGAUCGCGAGGGUUUCGACGGGCAGCAGUUUGUUCUGGAGGAAGGAGAGUAUCUGGACUGGACAGACUGGGGCGGGACGGGCGAAAAACUGCUCUCUCUGCGGCCCGUCUUCAUGGAUUUCUCAUCCCCUCACAUGAAGAUGUUCAGUGAGCCGGACUUCUCCGAGCGCGGCGCCAGCAUCGACCUCGUGGAGCCGCUGUAUAACGUCGCGGACACACGCUACGGCCUGCACACGCGCUCCAUCGAGGUCCUGGCGGGAGUGUGGGUGGCGUUCGAGGGUGCGGGUUUCUCCGGUCAGCAGUAUGUUCUGGAGAAGGGUCUGUACGGGAGCCCGGAGGACUGGGGCGCGUCACACAGCCGCAUCUGCUCCGCCGUCCCCGUCGUUCUGGAAAAUCUAGAAAACUCCUGCCACUUCCAGAUCGAGUUGUUCUCUGAGUCUGGAUUCGGUGGGACAUCUGUCCUGGUACAGGACGCGUUACCCACAAUGCCCAGCGGCUUCAGCGUGCGCUCCUGCAGGGUUCAUGCUGGCAGCUGGCUGGCGUUCAGCGGUGAGUGUUUCUCGGCUCAUCAGUGUGUUCUGGAGGAGGGUUUUUAUUCUGAUCUGAGGACGAUGGGUUUCACGCAGCCGGACGUGUCAGUUCUGUCCCUGCAGCCCACAGGAUUCGAGCUCUCGGUGCCGUCGGUGGUGCUGUUCGAGCGCUCUGGACUCAGGGGACGGAGGACGGUCCUGACGACGAGUUCGGUGAAUCUGCAGAUGACGCACAGCUGCUCCAGAGUCUCGUCUGUGCUGGUGCUCGGCGGCAUGUGGGUUCUGUAUGAGGAUCAUAACUUCAGAGGCUCUCAGUUCUUGUUGAAGCCCGGCGCCAUUCCUGAUUGGCCCAAACUCUCCUCCUGGCUGCGAAUCGGAUCGCUUCGGCCCCUCAUGCAGAAACAAGUACAUUUCCGUCUGCGGAACAACGAGGCGGGGCUACUGAUGUCUGUCGCCGGCUCAUUGGAGGACAUCAAACUGAUGCGGAUCCAGGUGAGCGAGGAGACGGGCGGGGCUGAGCAGAUUUGGACCUAUCAGGACGGGCUCUUACAGUGCAAGUGUCUGCUGGACGUGUGUGUGGACGUGAGUUCGGGUGUCCUGAUGUCUGGCAGUCGAGCCGUUCUCUCCGCUGAACCCGGAAAACCACAGCAGCUCUGGAACAUCACGACAGACGGGAUCAUCAGGAGCAACGCCAAACCGGACCUCGUGCUGGAGGUCAAAGGAGGUCAGCAGUUUGACAAACACCAGAUUAUUGUGAAUGAAUUCCACCCAGACAAACUGAAUCAGCGCUGGUCUCUGGAGAUCCUCUGAGCUGCGCCACAGGACCCACUGCUCUGCUGCGGAGCUGCGCCGGGGGGACCGGCGUCCUGUGAGGCAGCUGCACCAGAGGGACCGUGGAAAUCUCAUUCUCAUUCUCAGCCAGUGGAUGGAAUAUGACCAUAAUCAGCUGGACAUUGUAUUAUUUUUAUACAUGAACUCUCAGAUUUAUAGGAAGCGCACAUACUUGAACAAUAAUAACUGUUUUCCUUGUGUAAAUUGCAUUAACGUACCUGUACGGACAAUGAUCUCAGCUGUAUUAAAACGCGAGCUGUGUUUAUAAGUAAGUGUUUGUUGUGUUCUAAUCACUGAGACGUGUGAUCAGCUCUGUGCUGAUUGGCCCGUGGGGAUUCGCCGGCUGCGGGUUGGCUGUCGGGGGAAUCGGGCGUUCAUGUCCGCUGGUGUUUUCACGGGCCGAUGGAACGCUUCAGACGGACGCUUUCCUCUCACGGUCAGCACAAACCAGACUGUCUGCUGUUAAACGAGUGUGUGCAGCUCAUCCACGUGUUUAUCUGCAUUCACAACAGCCGCAUCCAGGAGUUGUGGAGUGUUAUGUGUAACUCACAGUUCUUGCCUUUUUCUUAUCAUUUUGAGAAUUGUGAAUUGCUUGAUAAUAUAAACUCAAAAUUUCAAGAAACAAACUCAAAAAUCUGAGAAGAAAAGAGGCAAAAUGACCUUUUUUUAUUUUUUUAUUCCAUGGCGAAAAAAAAAACUGAAUUGCAAAUAGUAAAUUCAGAAUUGGGAGGGAAAAAGUCAGAAUUCCUCGAUAAAAAGUCCAAAGUAUUGUUUGUUAAUUCUGUUGCGGAAAUGACAAAUACGAACAACAGUUUCAAAAUCAAUUACUGAAAUGUAUUAUUAGACUACACUGUCAAAUGUUCACCUAAUCUGACUGAAACAGCUGCCAGUACAAGUAAUUACAACUCGUUUAUUAAAAUUGUGUCUAUUUGAAUUGUGUAUAACUUUAAAAAAAAAAAGAAGCUUAAAUUGGUUUUGAGUAAUUAUUUUGAUGAGGUAAUGUAGUGAAAAAAGUGUCAUAAUAGUUGUAAUAGUUAAUUAAACAUUUUUAGAUUUAAUUAACUAUAAUAACCCUGCAUGGCAAACAAAAAAGUGAAAAAUGUAAAACAGGAAAAGAAAUAUAUAUAGAGAGAGAGAGUGUAUUUGCAAAAACAAAUAACUCCAUUUUUAGCUAUUUUCAAAAAAUC